AUGUCAGAAAAGGCAGGGUGUUUACAUCCGUCCCCUUAUAGAAUAAGGCUAGCAUUGGACGAUGACGUGCUAGCAGCAGCAUCCUUAAGGGUGAAGGAGCGCGUGUCGUUCUUGCGCUUGUUAGUAGCAUUGUUGAUAAGUAUGAACUUGACCGACGGAAGACAACUUAAUCGGUCGCAAGCUCUCUUCAAAAUCUUUCAACUUAUCGGCGUUUAUAAGGUCGUUAGCUCGGCGGCUCUUGCUCUUAGAAAAGGAUUUGGCUCCAUUAUAGCGGCGAAGGGCUGGCUUGAUUCAUUGAUGACUCUUUAUCGAAAGGUUAGCGGCAUGCGUUUUAAGACGAUAGUGCAAGCGUACUUUGCAAAGCUGACUUCAUUUUCUAAGGUGCUAUCGUUUAGCAAAGCGGUGUAG